AUGUCGAUGUCCAAGGGAUCUAAGCUGCUACAGUACAUCAACUACCGCAUGCGCGUCACCGUCACCGAUGGCCGCGAGCUCGUCGGGAAAUUUAUGGCCUACGAUCGCCACAUGAACCUCGUCCUGGGAGACUGCGAGGAGUUCCGCAAGCUGCCGCCCAAAAAGGGUUCCAAGGCGCCUGAAGACCGCGAGGAGCGCCGGACAUUAGGGCUACUUAUUCUCCGCGGGGAGGAGGUAGUUAGUCUUACCGUUGAAGGGCCGCCGCCGCAGGAUGAGUCCCGCGGGAGAGCCGCCGGCGCAGCGGCAGGGGGUCCUGGUGUUGGGCGCGCAGCAGGGCGCGGAGUUCCGACGGUUCCGCUCGGUCAAGCGCAGCCCGGGUUGGCGGGACCCGCGCGCGGAGUGGGUGGACCUGCGCCGUCGCUGAUGCAGCCGCGCCCGCAAGUGGCGGCUCCGCCGAUCUCAUACCAGGCUCCUGGCGGCGCGGCUGGCGCUGCGCCUGGCCGUCCGCCUCCGGUCUCGUUCCCCCCGCCCGCGGGUUUCCCUGGGGGAGCCCCGCCGCGGCCGGGGAUGCCGCCUCCGCCAGGCGGAAUGCGCCCGCCAGGGAUGGGCCCGCCGCCGUCCAUGUACCCCCAGGGUCCCCCGCGCCCGGGCAUGCCUCCUCCGCCCGCAGGUUUCGGACCUCCCCCUGGCGGUCCGCCUCCGCAAUUUCCCCCGCGCGGGCCUCCGCCAGGCGGUGCGCCGCCCAUGCAGUACGGGCGGGGAAUGCCCCCGCCGGGGGGAAUGCCUCCGCCAGGGAUGAUGGGUCCGCCAAGGCCGGGCAUGCCCCCUCCGCCAGGGGGCCAUCCGGGGAUUCAUCAGCUUCGCAGGGGGAGAAUGGCAGCACGCAGCACAGGCACGGAAGUGGAGCUGACGCCAGAGGUUCUCGCCACGGGCGUGCUUCCCACGCUGCCUCGCCUUGACCCUGCUGUUGCCAGAGCGCUGGACCGCGUGCAAGAGAAAUUCGGGACAAAAGAGCAGUGGGAUGCGGCGUUGAGUCGAGUGAAGGCAGAGGAGCCGCCUCUCUUUGUGAAACAGCUGUUUCGCAUCCGAGGGGACCUAGAUGUUCCCUUGGACGACCCUGAUAUUGCACGCUACAUUACCAAGCUCUCAUAA